ACGCCAGCGACAUCUGUCCUGCAGGUACACCUAGGAGUUCAACAAUUCACUCCAAACAUACAAAAAACCAAAGUUUCUAUACUGCUCGGAUUUUAACAAUUCUAAAUAUCGUCGUUGUAUCCAGGUUACUGAUAUAACAUACUAAGGUAUGGAAAUGGAGGCGGUAACAAUUCGUGAUUCUACCAGUGAGGUCGUAGUAGUUGAUAACAUUGAUUCUUUGGAAAACACUGUGGAUUCAGGACCAGUGCUACGACUGAGACUGAAAAAGCCUAAACCAGAUCGACAAGUUGCUUGGAAAGAAGGAACCAUUGAUAAUGAAGAUAUGGGAAAGAAAAAAUCCAAAUGUUGUUGUAUCUAUAAAAAGCCCGUGAAUUUCGGCGAAAGCUCUUCUUCUGACGAUGAAGAAUGUGAACAUUGUUUUGGACAUCCAGAAAAACGUAGGAAAAAUGUAAAGAAAAAUCAGGAUGCAGCUCAUGACGAGGAAAGAACAUAUAGUAGUGAUAUUGAACAUAACAGCAGUCAAGAUAAUAACAAUCUGGAAUAGAAAACAAUGAAAUUCAAGAGCCCGAGGGGGAAAACUCGUUUAGUAAAUAGUUCAUACUAAUAAAAACGCUUAAUUUUACAUCCAGUCUAAAAUGAGUGCCAAUUAAUUCAAUUUAGUUGGAAUGUCAAUGUAUAUAUGUAUGUUUACCAUUAUUUAACAAAUCCACUGUUAUCAUUAUAUCUCAUAAAUAAAUAUUAUAUUUAAUUUACCUUUUAUGUGAAAAUAGAAGAUCAUUUAUCAUAAAAA